AUGGCCGCACACCACGACCAACGGGCCACGACUCCACUAUCUCUGCCCGGCGAAUCAGCCCUGGCGAAGCCACCGCCGAAGCGUUUAGGGAAGCAGAUGCCGUAUGGGUACGGCGCCUACCAAAUGCUACACGCAUUCGGCGCACUCAUCGCAUUCUACAGCUACGGGCUGCACAACGACAGCUUCGGACUAACAGCUGGCGUAAUGGAUCACUGGUGCAGGCGGCCCGAUUCCAUGAAGAACCUCAGCGUGGACGAGUGGAAACAGCUGGCCAUACCGGUGGACGAGAAAGGGCAGCACAGCCACUGUACAAUGCGCGACCCCCCGGACGGUGGCCAUGCGGCUCGCAUCGUGCCUUGCGCAUCGUGGGAGUUCGACCUCGGCCAGUACGGGAACAACAUCGUCAGCCACUGGAACCUAGUGUGCGACAGGCGCUGGCUCAUCGACGUCGCGAGGCUCGUGUACGCGGCUGCAAGCAUGGCUCCGCUGCCCGCUGUCGGAGCGCUCGCGGACAGCAUCGGUCGCAAGGCGGUACUCUACUUAACCGUACCCGUAGUCCUCAUAUCGGGCACCGCUAGUGCCGUGCCGAAUGACUUGCAGUUCUUCGUGACUGCGCGCGCCAUCUUAUCAGCCUCCACGAGUGCCCUGAUACCACCUAUGUACGCGCUGAUUUACGAAUUGUUACCGAUUGAAAAAUAUUCUGAUUACAUAAUCCUGAUCGCGACAUCUGCGUUGUUGCUAUCACCGAUCACGCUGUUUAGCGCUCAACUCGUGAAGGCAGGAUGGGCGACGCUGCAGCUGAUACUGAUGGUUCCAACGUGCCUUCUCCUGCUACUUUAUUACACCGUCGAUGAGUCACCCAGCUGGCUUUUGGAGACCGGCAACGUCAAAGAAGCCGAGCGCAUCGCUUUGCGUGCGGCAAGUAUAAACAAGGUCUCCCCAGAGCACUGCCGAGAUCUCAUGGCAGCUCAGGCUGCGGUGAUUAAGGCUCGUAGUCGAGAGGCUGGAAAUAGCAGCGGUAUCUGCAGCCCACGGUUCAGAGCUUGCACAAUUACCAUGUGUUUUAUGUGGACUGCAAUAAGCUACGCCUUCGACGCCUUCGUCGUUAAUGACGGUGUUCCAGUCGGGGAAAUCACAACCGCGCUGAGUUUAAUCGUGUCCUUCAUUGUGCCCGUGGUCUUGGCUCCGUUCAUUGCUACCUUCGGCUUCAGGAACACCGUGAGCAUCUCCGCACUUGUCUUUGCCGUAACACUGACCAUCCUGGCCACUGACUUACGGGAGCAGACUGCGAUGCGUGAUUUGCUCGUAAUUAUAAUGCGCGCAACUGGAACCGCCUGCCUUACGUUCUAUCUCAUCAUAUACGUCGUCGCGUACCCGGUCAUGACCCGCUGCCUUAGUAUCUCCGUGGGUCUCGCCUUCAGCCGCUUGGGUGAUAUCUUAGCCCAGAUGAGUCCAUCGCUGCUUGGUGGCCGCCGCACUACGUUGCAGCUUGCCAUUGCUGCCGCCUUCAUGUCACUUUUCGUGGUGGGCGCCGAACUUGUGCCCUGUCACAUUGACGUUAGGCAGCAAUACCAAUUAGUGCCCAGCAAGAGCUCCGGACUCGGGACAAGCGAGGAUAGGAAGCGCGCCAUGCAAGAGACACUGGUGCGUAUGCCAAGGGAGCCCGUGAAGCACCGGGGCACCCCCAUCACGAAGGACAGAGCAACAUCAAGCGACUUACCAAUAGGAACAACUCCCGAAAAGACAUACUAG